AUGGCUCUCACAAAGACAGCCCCCCAGCUGCCCGAAACGCAGACAGCCAUCGUGGCUGACGGGUCCGGGAAUCUCAUAGUCUCCCAGCACGUGCCCCUUCCUGCCCUCGAACCCGACAUGCUCCUGGUGAAGACGGUGGCCGUGGCCCUCAACCCCUCUGAUGCCAAGUUCACGGGCGCGAUGGCUGCCGAAGGGGCCACGGCAGGUAGUGACUGCGCCGGCAUCGUGGUGGGCAUCGGGUCUGCUGUCAAGUCUGCCGGCCGCUUCUCCAUCGGGGACCGUGUCUGCGCCCCCCUGGCACCCAUGGACCCGCUGGCGCCCCGGAGCGGCGCCUUUGCCAACUACGCCGCCGUCGCCGCCGACCUCGCGCUCAAAGUUCCCGGCGACAUGCCGCUUGAGUCGGCAGCCGGGCUGGGGACCAGUCUGACCACAAUCGGGUGCGCCCUGUUCCGGUCCCUCUCUAUUCCCGGCCACCCCGACCGGCUGUCCACGAAGCCGGCUGUCGUGCUCGUGUAUGGAGGCAGCUCGGCCACGGGCACCAUGGCAAUCCAGUUGAUUCGCAGAUCAGGGUGCAUUCCCAUUGCAACUUGCUCACCGCACAACUUCGCCCUCGUCAAGUCGUACGGCGCGGCCGAGGCGUUCGACUACCGCGACCCCAGUAGCGUCGACAGCAUCAAGGCGUAUACGGGUAACGCGCUCGACUUUGCGCUCGACUGCGUGUGCCAGGGGUCCAGCAUGAAGUUCUGCUACGCCGCCAUCGGCCGGGCCGGCGGCCGCUACACGACUCUCGAGCCGUUCCCGCAGAACAUGCACACGCGCAAGCGAGUCAAGCCCGACUGGCUGCUCGGCGCGGCGCUGCUGGGCAGAGAGAUCGGCUGGAAGGAGCCGUAUCGCGUCGAGGCCGACCCCGAGCUGCGCCAGUUCGGCCGCGACUGGGUUCUGUGCGCUCAGCGCCUGCUAGACUGCGGGGACAUAAAGCCGCAUCCUGCGAGAGUCGGGCGCGAGGUCGGCCUCGAACCCGUGCUGGAGGGCAUCGAGCUGCUGCGGCAGAAGGCUGUGUCAGGGGAGAAGCUUGUAUAUCGCAUUGCCAAGGAGCAGUGA